AUGCUUCAACCUCGGUUUGCCCUCACGGGUCUUCGCCUACCCUUCAGAUGCCUGUCUUCAGUAUCGUCACGAGCAUAUGCAACAGUCACCCACGAGCAAGAGAAGCCCCCGGUUGAAGACUCAUCCAGCUCAACCUUCGAUCCAAGCAUCGCCUUUGCCCCUCCACCAACCCGUGAUGAUGCCGGCGUUCUCCUUCGAUCGUACAAGCCGCGGACUCCCGGUAUCAGACAUUUGCGAAGGCCAGUCAAUGACCAUCUGUGGAAGGGACGUCCGGUGCAUAAGUUGACAUUUCCCAAACGAGGCCAGGGCAAGGGUGGUCGAAACAACACGGGCAGGGUCACCGUUCGGCACCGUGGUGGUGGCCACAAACGCCGCAUUCGAAUUGUCGACUUUGCACGGACUGCUCCGGGGCCACAUCUGGUAGAACGCAUUGAACACGACCCUGGGCGAAGUGCCCAUAUCGCGCUUGUGCGCAGCCAAGAAACCCAGAAGCUGAGCUACAUCCUGGCUGCGGAAGGUAUGAGAGCUGGAGACGUUGUGCAGAGUUAUAUGUCUGGUAUUCCGGAGGAUCUUUGGAAGAGUAUGGGAGGUACCGUUGAUCCUGGUGUUCUCGCUGCCAGGACCGCUUGGAGAGGAAAUUGCUUGCCCUUGCACAUGAUCCCCGUAGGUACUUUGAUAUUUAACGUUGGACUUCGGCCCGGCAAAGGGGGCCAGCUGUGCCGGAGCGCGGGCACCUACGCAACUGUCAUCUCGAAGGGCAGCGAUACUAAAACCCGGGCCAACGAGGUCGAAACCCAGGAGGAUGGAACGGAAGUCCAGAAGCCCCUCCCCCAACGGGAGAAGCAGAAGCAAGAACGUAUCGCUCAACAUGUCACCAUUCGUCUCCAAAGCGGUGAAGUUCGACUUAUUCACAAGGACUGCUGCGCAACGGUUGGAGUGGCCAGCAAUCCUAACCAUCAGUAUCGGCAGCUCGGUAAGGCGGGUCGGUCACGCUGGUUGAAUAUCCGUCCUACAGUCCGUGGUCUCGCCAUGAACGCUGCCGAUCACCCUCACGGUGGUGGACGUGGUAAGUCGAAGGGUAACGUCGAUCCAAAGAGUCCUUGGGGUCUACCGGCCAAAUCUGGCUACAAAACCCGGCCCAAAUGGAAGAUCAACAAGGCUGUGGUGGUCCCAAGAGUCCGCAACCAAGGCAAGCGUCGCAGAGGCUACAACUGA